AUGGAGAGCUCCCUCAUCCUCGGCCUGGCCGGCACGGCGCUGGUCUUUCUCCUGGCACUCAUCGGGUCUGGCGUGCCCACGGCCCUGGCCCGGCGGGCCGAGCGCCGGCGCACCUCCACCAACACAUACGAGUCGCUUGUGGAUGGCCCGAACGCCCCGGCGCCCGAGGACGCCGAGGACCCGGGCGGCCUGCGCAAAAGCCCGGUGCUGAAGCUGCUCCAUGGGUUCGGCGCCGGGGCCGUGGUGGCCGUGGCCCUGGUCCAUGCCCUGCCGGAGGCCUUUGCCAAGGUGGGCGAGAUCGCGCACGGGUCCGAUUCGCAUGCCGGCACGGCGCACUCCCACAGUCACGGCUUCCCGUGGGCCGGGGUGGCGGCCCUGGCCGGGGCGCUGGUGGGCUUCGCGGCCGAUGAGAUGGUGGCCGCCCUGCUGGCGGCUCAGGGCGGCGAUGUCUGCGCCGACCAGCCCGACAGCCACACCGCCGCCGAGGCGGCCACCGCCCGGCUGGCCGCUCGCCGGCGCCAGCGCGACCUGGACAGCGGCGCCGGCCCGGUUUCCAGCGCGGCCCUCUGCGACGACAUGGAUGCCUGCCUUGAUGGCGAGGGCGACCUGCCGGGGGCCGGCGCCAUGCCCGGCGCUUCGGUCGCCGGGCCGGUGUGCCAGCCGGUCCCGCCGGCGAUCCUGGCCGUGACCAAGCGCGUGGAUUCGCCCCGGCCAGCGGCGGCCCGCGGGCCCACCGGCCCCGGCAUGCACCACAUCCCGCAUCAUCACCACGGGGGCAUCCUCACGCAUACGCACUUCCACGAGCCCCCGGCCACGGUGUCCGAGCUGCUGGCGGCCAGCGAUUCGUUCGCCAGCUCGGGCCACCGCCUCCGCCGGUCGGUUUCCGACACGUCGAUUCGCUGCUCGGCCGACGGGCCGUCGGCCACCGAGAACCGGCCCCUCUUCGACGGCCCCGCCACCCACCUGUCCGGCGUCUACCCUCCCACCCCCCCGGGCCAGGCCGGCCUCCUUUCCGGGGACUCCUCCACCCCCUCCUCCGCCUCCUCCGGCGGGUCCUACGGUUCCAUCUCGCAGCACCAUUUGUCCUCACGGUCGCAAAGCCCGCAACUGUCCUCCUCCUCGCGCGAGGACACCCUCUCGGCCAAGCAAGCCAGCUCUGUUGCCUUCGAGGCGUAUGUCGAAGACCAUGGCCACGGGCAUGGCCACUCACAUGGCGGCCACGGCCACUCGCACGGCGGCCACGGCCACUCACAUGGCGGCCACGGCCACUCUCACAAUGCCCCCCUGUCGCGAUUCAGCACCAUGGCCGACAAGAUCGGCUACCAUGAGCAGCUUCAUGCGGUGGUGGAUGCGGCGGCCGAGGCGCGCAUGCUCCGCCGGCGCGCGGCCGCCGCCCAGCUGACCGUCCUCUUCACCGGGCUGGCCUUGCAUUCGCUGGUCAUCGGCAUUGCCUUCGGGGUGUCCUCCGGCGCCGGGUCUCUGGAGGCCGGCCUGCUGGCGGCCCUGGCCGCGCACCAGCUGUUCGAGGGUCUGGCCCUCGGGUCGCGCAUUGUCCGGGCAGGGCUCCACGCGCCGGAAAGUCGCGUCGACCGCAUCAAGGCGGCGCUCAUGCACUCGGGCUUCGCCCUGUCCGUGCCGGCCGGCAUCGGCAUCGGCAUCGGCCUGGCCUACUGGCCGAACCUGUCAGCCACGACGCUGGAUUUGGUGUCGGCCGGCUUCCAAGCGGCCGCCGGCGGCCUGCUCAUCUACGUCGGCUGGGUGCACCUAGUCCGCGAGGAGCUGGCCCAGCCGGAGUUCUGUGACAGCCAUGCCGGCACCCGGCUCCGGCUGUGGCUGUAUGCCGGCAUGUUCCUCGGCAGCGCAGCCAUGACGGCUCUCGGUGCGUGGGUGUGAGCCGGCCGGGGGUUCCUCGGGCCCGCUGUCACCCGAUCGCACCCUCCCCCUCCUCCUGCCCAUUUGCCCCGCGCUCCGAGUUUCGGCGCGAGGGGGGCCUGCUGGAGAGAGAGAGAGGCCCACACCUCGGUAGGGGGG